GAUUGUCUCCAUCCAUUCGCAUUAGAUUGUAUCCUGGACUCGCUUACAUCGCAAGAUAAUUGAUCACGGGUCUUCGCGCUUCUCGGAGGAUCUACGGAAAGCCAACCUCUGGAAAGGUCUGGCGGAAGUUCUCUUCAUAGGCACGAGCAGGGUGACGUUCAGGCACGCACGCUUAGCAACAGGGUCACGAGCGUAGAGAUGAGUGCUCUCGACGAUCUCUCGUCAGGCUCGUCGGACUAUGCAGCAAAUAGCUGGGUGACGUGGUUCUUGAGCACAAAGGGCAACGAGUACUUUUGCGAAGUGGAUGAAGAGUAUAUUCUGGACAGGUUCAACUUGACGGGACUGAAUGCCGAGGUGCAAAACUACCCUCAGGCUUUGGACCUAAUCACUGAUGCGCUUGAGGAGGACUUGGAAGACGAAGCGCGUGACCAUGUCGAGAAUCAGGCAAGAUUACUGUACGGUCUAGUGCACGCGCGAUUCAUUGUGACCACGAGAGGUCUGCAAAAGAUGGUGGACAAGUACAAGAGAGACGACUUUGGACGAUGUCCGCGCGUGCUUUGCUACCAGCAAGCGCUACUGCCCGUCGGUUUGUCCGACUUGCCAUUCCACAAGGCCGUCAAAUUGUUUUGUCCACGAUGCGAGGAUAUCUACUCGCCCAAAAGCAGCCGACAUGGGACAAUCGAUGGGGCAUUCUUUGGCAGUACUUUUCCACACAUGCUUUUCAUGGCGUACCCACACUUGCUCCCAUCAAAGUCACCCUCUGCGCCGUCUCCCUUCUUGAUCAAUGCGCGCGAUCGAGACGGAUACGGAAGGGAGGGGUCAUUGGGUCCCGGUGGUGGAUUGACGCCCGAUGGAGGUGUCACGAGCGGAGCAGGCGGUUCGACGCCCGGUCCUACGGGCGCUUCUGGAGUCAGCACAUCCAACGCAGCUUCCAAAGUGGAGCGCUACAGACCUCGAAUUUUCGGCUUUCCUACUCACGAGACUGCCAAAUUGCACAGGUGGCAGGAAGCGGUCAGGGAUUUGCAGAUUGAGAGGUUGGAAAGAUCAGAGAAUAGGCAAGCCUUGUUGAAUGCUCAGGCUCAUCAUAGUAGGACCGCACCUACGGGAGCCAACCCUCCCACUACUACAGCAUCCGGACAUUUUGAGAACCUCGACUGAUCAGGUGUCAUCUGCUGGUCAUGCGUCGGCAGCGCUUUGAUGAAGUCCAACUCUUCUCACCAGUCCAGCUUAUAGGCUGAAAAGUCUAGACCUAGUAUUCGAGUCUUCAGCUUGGCGACGAAUGCGCAAUCUCAUGUUAGAUUUCGACCCCAUGCGAACGACACCACAUCACUGCUUUGAUCGGCGUCCCCAUCAAGAACGUGCUCGGUAUGUGCACCCGCUACUUUUGCGCUCAGCAAAUCACAAGAGGCGGCCAAAGUCCUGUGCAUGUCUGACGGCCUGACACUCCUGGCUCAAACAAGAGCUGCAAUCGUUUCAACUGAUUCUCAAACGAGUUUUAUU